GACAAAUCAAUGUUCUUUUCAUGUGGGCAGGCAGACACUAGCCUACAUAAAUUGAUCACUAGGCCAAUCUAGACAAACAAAGACCAUGAGCUUAAAUUAUUCUAACCAAUCAAGUUAUUUCAUUGGGACAGGUUGUGUAUUAACGUGUCUAUUUACUAAAUUGGAUUAAUACAUUGGAUAGUGCGUAUACUAUUGACACAUUUCGUCUAAAUCUUUUAUAUUUUCUUUGAUGAUUACCUGCAAGACUAGGCUGAAUAUUGUAUGCCGACUUUAGAUUAUUCAUGGAGUUAACUUAUACAUUAGAAUUGUUACAUCGUCUAAUCAGUCAUAAUUGAAUGAUACGAUUAUUCAUUGUUAAACUAAUGGCGUACAAAUCCCGGUGACUGUCGUUCCUGUUUUGCUCAAGUUUCUCCAUUAAUAAUGCCAACUGUAAGUAUGGCAAAUUUCGAUGGUGAAGACCUAUUGAGUGCUAGGCUCCUAUCAUUUAUGGCUAAUGGUGAUCAAUCGAAUUCGGAAGGGCAGUAUCAUAUGAGUGGAAAUACUGACUUUAAUCCAUCAAAUUAUUGUUCACUUAUGUCAGAAUCUGGAAAUACAAGUUUCAACAUUAAUUCACCAGGUCACCGGAACAUUCAAACCUCACUAAUUUACGACAGAACAUCUAGUGGGAUAUCUUUAAGCCCUUCGAAUGAAAAUGGAGUAUAUGGUGGGGUACCCGCUAGUCCCAUAUCAGGGCCAAGUACCCCUCCUCCGACUGUUAUAUCUCAACCUGAUUUGGCAGAUAAUUUCCCGAAUAUGCGUUACAACCAUAUUGGAGUACCUCCUUACUCAGCACUUACGUCUCCAUGUUUAGGUAACAAGUUGGGAUCUAUCCCACAACACUCAUUGUUAAAUUUGAACAACGGGGCCGGUGAUCGUCACAGCUUGCAAAACUCUCCAUUUUACAAUCACUAUCCUGGGAAUUUGCAGACACAUUUACAGCGACAAUAUCCUGGGUUGUCUCCAGGACCUGCUGGGACAUUGUUUUCUAAUGGGGUGAAUGGGUUUGGUACUACUUCACAAAAUCUAAUCUCAAAAAAUGGAUUAUAUCAGGAUGCUGCAUUUUCACUUCCCGGUUUUCGUCCUACAAACUCGAGUUCCACAUACUGUCCUCAACGAGAACUGUUUCCAACCAUUCAGUCAUCUCAUCCAAGUAACAGCUGUCAUAACUUUAUGGGUCCUGGUCUUUUGAUGCAAGAUCGUUUACACUACUAUGCUAUCGCACAAAAGCACGGGUUUAUUGUUGGUGCUGAACUGGAGCGGAUUAAGGAGAACUCACGCCGUUCUACAAGUCAGUCUUACGGCAGAAUUUCAGCAUAUUUUCGUAAUCGUUAUGGUGAAACAGAAGCUAAAACCAAAGCAGCGUACCUCCAACUAGGAGUGCGUGUGCCAAGCAAGGAUCAUGUUUCAGAAAUUGUUGGAAAAGGUGGUCAAAAAAUCAAAUUGAUACGUGAAGAAACUGGCGCGUUAAUUACAACACCUGGUGAACAAGAAGAACAUGUGUUUAUUAUUGAAGCUCCCCCAGAAAUAGCGAUGCGUGUUGCUCAUCAUCUAGCCACCAGAGCACAAGAAAUAACUCAAAGCAAGAUUGUUGCGGGCGAAAGAAGACGUGGUUCUACUAGUUCCCAGCCAUGUGGUACAGAUAGCGGAGUAAAUAUGACUGUGUCUAAUGGUAACUCAGGACCAAACUUAACGCCUGGUGGUUCAAACAACUUCGUUAUUCCUAAUACAUGUCCUGCUUCUGGGCUUUUAUCACUAAGCAACAGUGUAAAUAACUCACCACUCCAUCCAUCUACAACUGUAAAUGCACAUUUCAAUGGUGUUAUUCAUUCUUCCAACAGCUCUGUUCGUAGUUCAAAUGCAACCAUAUUUACUCCCUCAUUCUCAAGUUUACCAGCUAGUCCAGGAAACUCGAAUUCAUUGGGCAGUCAGUUACAGACGAAUACAAUAACGAGUACUGGUAUGUUUUCAAGCACAAGUACACCUGGUAGUCGUGUGCUUUUGGCACGUGGUCGAAUAUCUGUUCCUCAGGAAAUGGAUACUGGUACGGAGAUAAAAAGCCCUCCUAAAGAAGCUGUACGUGGUCCAAAUGCGACAUCGGAAUUUGAGAUUUCGGCAUAUCAAGGUUUAGGCUUAAGUUCAAACCAGGCUGCUGAAUGUAGAGUGCAACAAGCCAAGCAGUUGAUCGGUCACUUAGUGAUGAGACAGUUGGAACGACGUGCCAGCGAGGAGGUGGAGGAGGCUUCUGGAUCAUCUAAUAUAAGCUCUGAAGAGCAAAGAGUUAAUGGUCCCAGUGCAUCGACAAUAUCUAGUGUUUGUAACAGUACUUCAAAAACAAACGGUGGCGGUAAUAAUGGUUGGAUGUGGCCUGAUGUUGCUCAAAUGGAUUCACAAGAAGCUCGCGAAGUUUUAGAUCGCAUACUAGUGGAGUCCAAAAAUAAAACUCGUCGAGCAAAGGAGCUCGCUGUUGUUUCUACAGGGCCUGCAUCAACAUCUGUAUGUUCGAUAGCCACUAUGAAUACGCAGGGUUCGUUACUUAAUCUAAAAGGUUGUAAUGGUUCUCAAAGUUUAUCUGGCGAUACUCAACAUUCUAAUCAUUUCCAGUCUCACUUACUGAAUGGAACUUAUUUUGACAGUGCUCAAACGAAUGGCUGUGAGGAUGUGAUAUCUGGUGAUACUUCCGCUUGUAAUGGUAAUUCAAGCAAUCAGUGUGCACUAAAUAAUGACUCAAGAAUGUUACCCACUCCAUUUAGUCUAAGCAAUGGCCACUUUAAUCAUCGUUCUUCAACUACAACUGACGGUGCAUCUAAUGGAUUCCAAAUGUGUAUUCCGCGUACUGUUCAGAGUUUCGACUUAUCUUUAUCAAAUGAUUUCCUCACUAAUAUAAAUCGUGCCCCUGGUUCUAAUUUGGUUUCGGACAUAUGGAACUCAGUAGCUCCACCAUUCACUUCAGUUCCAACGGAUUCCAGCUCACAGCUUCAUGGUUACGUUGGCUCUAGUUCCACACUGAAUAAUCUAAUGAAUCCAUCAUCACCUAGUCGUAAUGGCAACUCUAUCAAUUGUUCAAAUCGCAUUAUAAACAGUCGUACAUUAGAUCAUUCUUUCGACACUGCAAUUUUCAACUUCAGUGAUACAAGACGGGAAACAGAUGGUGACAUCAGCCCAACUAUCUUGCUUCAUGACCGUUUACAACAUGAACAGGAUUUACACCAACCUCUAACUCGUCGGCAUAGCGAUUGGAUCGUCCCUUCUUCUCAUCUACUGACUGAACUUACAGCUGAUUCAGGGGAUACUGCUUCUUCACCAGGUCGUCAUAAUGUAAUUAUCGAUACUGAACCAAAUUCACAGUCGUAUUCGGUAAACAACUUUAAUUUUAUCCAUGAUUUAGAUCAGCUAUGUUUGAGCUCGUCCUGUGAUAAAGAUUCUGUUGCUAAUGUUACUACCGCGAUAUGCACCACAAUGAAUAACUGUAUGACUAUUUGUCCUCCUGGUUUUGAAACACAUGACCUCAACGAAAACGAAUCUGUCUUCAGUCUUAAAACUAAGGAGUCGCUUGUAAAUUCUACUAAACUCUGGUCAUCUUCAAAUCCUACUAAAACUCAUUCUACUGGUAAUGUUAGUAGUAAUACUAUAAAUGGUGUUAAAAGUAAUAAUAUUUCUCAUAAUCUACAACCACCAUGUACUGAUUCACUAGUUGGAUCAAGAAUAUUUCCUAAUACUUCUGUACUGCAGCGUUUGUUCAAUAAUGCAACAGGUCAAGUCUGCAAUGCAAUUUCUACGAAUAACAAUGAUCUUAAUAUGUCUGGUCGCGUGAACAGUUCGUUUUGGCCUCAGGCUAAUAAUGAUCACAUUCCGAUUUGUUGUUCAUCAAAUAACAUUGACGAUUCUUUUGGAUUUUCUUGUUUGGAAAGUGAGAAUCAAUUUCAACAUCAUCAAAGUGAUGCUGCUACGCGAAGUUCAUCAUUUUUUCCUGAAAAUUUAAAUGAAUACACCGGUUCGAUUGGGAUUAAUAAUCACAUUAAUAAUGGUAAUAAUAAUAAUAGUAACAAAGGGACGGAAAACACAACUAAUAAUAGUAGUCACCAGUCUGCACGUUGUGGUGCUAUUGGUGAAGGCCGUCGUCGAAGACGCCCUAGUCCAAAUCUGUUGUCAACUAAUAACGAUACUCUGGCUUUAUCAGUUUCAUCAUCAUUGGCGUCUAUUACAGAAGUGGCCUAG